AUGUUUAAAGCAGCUGUUUCAGGGCUCGCCGCUAUCCUCGAAAGAACUUCCUGGGUUCGAGAGCUGGCGGGCAUCCUUCCCUUGUCUGCUCUGAUUGAGUUCAUCGACGUACCACAGAAGCUCCAUAUCCUCGAGCUCUCCGGUGCCGUGCCACUAUGGAGCUGGCCGGUAACGCCGGCUGGCAGCCGCCUUCUACUAUCCAACAACCAUCUGCAACAAAGCUGCUGUCUGGAUGCUUUUGGCAGCAGCGUGGGCUGGAUUGGGUUAGACGGCCGCUUUGGAGAUCAAUAUACGGUCAUUAGCCCUGAGACUAUUCGCCUCUGCCUCUCCUCAAAAAGACCUCGCACUAUCGAGAAUAGCCACAAAAACAUGGCUGGAAAGAAUUUGAGAGUUCAGAACCUCGAGAUUGUCCACGUUUGCCGCCUGGAAGGACAAAAGCCGCGUGAACCAUCAGAGUUCUGGUUAUACCACCUCUUCUUGGAUCCUUGGUGGAUGUAUUCGCGCGGUUACUUGGCGGUAUCUGUAUUUGGAUGGAUUGCGUUGCUUGGCACAAUCAUCAUGAGCUGCAUUUUACAGUGUUACCUGGCACUUGCUUUCCUCGUGAUUGUCCCAUUAACUGGUAGUGUCGUCCUUUUAAUCCACGGAAGCAGACCCAGGGGACUACUCAUAGAGCACAACAGCCCUUAUAAUCGCUUGAUUGUCACGGCCGAGCACCUGAACGCAACGAAUUGGAUCGUCUUCUACGGAGAAAGCACCAUUGUUAAUUCGCUGCUCAAUCGGGCACUAGAACUCCGAGGGCCAAAGAUGCCUGGGGGGUAUUUUGGUCUUCUACGGAAGUUCCUCAGGAUCUCGAUUCUGGGUCAGUGGGCCCUCGCACUCGGGGCAGCGUCGACAAAAGACUGGAACGCAUAUUUUAUUUCCUUUUGGAUCGCAUUUUGCAUCUUUUCGCAUGCUUACUUGGUUCCCCCACGACUUGAAGCAAAAGACUGGAUGAAAACCUGCGCGCAUAUCCAGCUGGAGCGAUAUCAGACUCAGCUCAGCUCGCGAAGAGCCUUGCUCAACACCAUAAUGGCGCUCAACCCAGACACGAUCUACCGGGAUGCAGACACACAGCAAGACGACCGGACGAAUCUCUAUGAAGGAGCCAUGAAAUGGAUUGACCCGAUCCUACAAUCGGGUCCUAGCCGCAGUAGGUGGGAAGAAGCAACGCGAAAAGCAAUGAACGAGGCAGAACGAUUUUCAGCAGAGGAAAUGACAUCAGGAAAUUUUCUAAGCGCGGAAUGGAAGACUACUUGUAUUCAUCAAGGGAGGGAAGAAUACUGGAGCGAAUUCAUUCCAGAAGGUAUCUACAUGGCGGCGAAGAUUAAAGAGGACACAAAAUUACCCGGACGAAUGAAAACUGUUGCAGCGGCGUCAUAG